UAAGGCCUUUCGCGCCGCGAGAGCCAAGAUGGCGGCGCAGGCGAGUGAGGGCGCUUCGUGAGGCGCUGGAUCACCAUGGCGGCGCUGGGCUGGCGGGCUUUGGGCCUGGCCGCGCGUCGGGCCCGGCUCCUCCCGGCCGCCUCCCCUCGCUUGGAGCCGGCCUCCGCCCGCGCACUGAGCCUGCGGAACUCGCGGCCACGAGGUGUGAAGAGGCAAGAGGCAGGCCGGGCUUGCGGGCGCUCGGACCCUCCGGGGAACGGCCCUGUGGAGCUCCUCUGGGCCGCCUCGGCUCGUCCGCAGAGCCGCGAGUCUGCCCUGGACCACCUGGCCGGGAUCGCCCCGGGAGAAGCGGAUCCGUCUCUGGGGGGGCCGCCCGCCCCGCCCGCCUGCGCCUUUCACGGUGAUCAUAAAUCCUUGAUGUCCCACCGCCCAGAUCAGCCGAAGAACCCCAAAGUCUUGAGAGUGGCCAUUAUCGGGGCUCCCAACGCUGGCAAGUCCACCCUGUCGAAUCAGCUGCUCGGACGGAAGAUCCUGCCCGUCUCCAGGAAGGUACACACAACAAGAUGCAACGCUCAAGGCGUCAUCACAGCCGAGGAUACCCAACUGAUUAUCUUGGACACCCCUGGCCUCACCACCGCUGCCAAAGGCAAAAGACACAACCUGGAAAAGGCCAUGCUGUCCGACCCAUUCAAAAGCUUGAACGAUGCGGAUUUAGUGCUGGUCCUUGUGGAUGUUUCCGAUCGCCACACCCGGCACCAGCUUCACCCGCAGGUACUUCGCUGUCUGAAGCAGUUUCCGCAGGUUCCCAGCCUCCUUGUCUUGAACAAGGUGGACCUGGUGAAGCAGAAGGGCCUUCUCUUGGAGCUGGUGGUCGAGCUGACCGAAGGCGCCUUUGGAGGAAAGAAGCUGGGAACCAGGCCUCUGUACAGGCCCCCCAAAAACGCCCCUGCGGAGAUCGUGGGGAAGGGGCCGGGCUUGGCUUCUGCGAAGGAGAACGAGACCCCGGAGGGCUCCAAGGACCAGAAAGGCUGGCCUGGCUUCCGGGAGAUCUUCAUGCUGGCUGCGUUGCAGGAGGAGGAGGUGGACACUCUGAAGAAAUACCUCCUCAAGCAGGCCCAGCCAGGUCCCUGGGAGUAUCACAGCGAGGUCCUGACCAGCCAGUCCCCGCAAGAGAUCUGCGCUAACCUCAUCCGGGCGAGACUCCUGGAACACCUGCCCCACGAAGUGCCCUACAUGGUGACCCAGAAAACGGCCCUUUGGGAAGAGGGCCCGGCUGGAGAGCUCCAGAUUGUGCAGAAUUUGGAAGUCCCGAAGGAGAGAUACGUGAAGAUGCUGAUCGGCCAGCACGGUGAGGUGAUUGGCAGGAUCGCCACUGAGGCCGGCUACGACUUGAUGAACGCCUUCCUGUGUGAAGUGCAGCUGAAGCUCUCCGUCCAGCUGAAGGAGUGAGCCCUCCUGCCUCUUGCCCGCCCUGCCAGGACAGAUCUCUGUGGACGCGGCUCCUGUCCGGCCAGAGCGCUAACUGGACUCUGAAGGCCCCCCCCCCACCUCUGUCUCUUGUGCCAAGGAUGGUGGUAGAAAUGGAGCUCCCUCCUUCCCAUCUCGGAGACCCCAAAGGGGCGAUGGGCAAAUGGCCGGCAGGUCCGAACCAAUGCCACCCUCUUGCCUCCUUGGUUGGCAGAAGAAACUUGGUGUCAUCUUGUCUCUUUGACUUUUAUGAGUACUGCACUCUUGCCCUGCCUGGCACAGAGGCUGGAAUCCCCUGCCCUUCGGAAGCACCUCUGGCAGAUGUUGGCUGCAGCUGGAAUAACUUCCUCCCCUGCGUCAAGGGGUCCUUCGUCUCAGCCCGAUGGCUGUUCAUGGAUGGCAGGCGUGUGAUGGCGCAUAUCUUGGACACCCCCAUAGCGUUGGGGUGACCCCUUCCCAUCCAGAGGGAGGCAUGGCAGAGAAAGCCAAGGCCGGGGGUCCUGGCGCUGCCUCCCUCCUGGCUGGGCCCCUCCGUGAGUAAAGACUGUCCGGGGUCAUCGGUUCAUUUGACCGGCAUUGAAUUGCAAUAAAAUGAACCUCCUGAUCAGAGAA